AUGCUGCUUGUUAAUGGCGAUGGUAUAAUCCCUGAAAUACAAAGUUGUAAAUGAGGAUCUUUCUCCAGGGUACUGCGCCCUCCUGGAGGUGGGUCCAACUUCUCCCUGGGUUUUGAUGAGCCAAAAGAACAGCCUGUGCGAAGGAACAAAAUGGCAUCCAGCAUCUUUGGAACUCCUGAAGAAAACCCGCCUUCCUGGGCUAAAUCAUCGG